GUUAAGCAGAAGCUAACAAAAGCGGGGACAAAAUCUGAAAACGACGGAGAAAAUGGAUGGAACCCACCCACACCGCACCGCACCCACUCGUAACCUAAACAAUCAAAAUUCUUACACUUGAAGCCCUAAUUAUCAACUUCAGUUCACUUGAUCGGAAGGAAGCAAUAACAUCUCAAUCAUCCAUGGCUGAUGAUGCCGCAAGCACCAGCACCAUUACUAGUAGAAUCAACACCUCCAUAACCGAUAUAUCACAUGACCAUCUCUUCUCCAUCCUUCUGCUUCUACCUCUGGAAUCCAUCCUGUCGUUUGCCAUGACCUGUAAGAAAACUACUCGCCUAACUCAAUCCCAUACUCUCUGGAAAUCCAUCUGCACCAGGGAUUGGGGUCACUCCACCGUCGAUGCCCUCGUCAAUUCUUCUUCAUCUCCUCUUUCUAUCGACUGGAAGAGACUCUAUCAGCGUCUCCGUAACCUUGAUCGGGUCGCCUGCUAUACGCUCACAGAUUCGGAGACUUCCCCUGGUCCUAGAGCUUCUCAUUCUCUCAAUUUUUUCUCCGGAUGUCUCGUUCUCUUCGGUGGCGGAUCCGAAGGAGGACGCCAUCUUGAUGACACAUGGGUAGCCUACAUAGGAAACAGCUUUAGAAGAAAGAUGAACUGGCAAAGAGUAAGAUCAGAAGGCCCAAGUGGUCGAUUUGGUCAUUCAUGUGUUGUUAUAGGCAAUUGUCUUGUCCUCUUUGGAGGCAUCAACGAUAGUGGAAUCCGUCAAAACGAUACAUGGAUGGCUCAAGUAGAAACCAGCACCGGUGCAUUAUCAUGGAGACUACUCGAUGUUGGCCCAAUCACACCUCCAACAAGAGGAGCCCACGCCUGUUGUCUGAUCGAUAACAGAAGAAUGCUCAUCCAUGGAGGAAUCGGGUUAUCUGGAAUGAGAUUAGGCGACACAUGGGUGUUAGAUUUAUCUGAGAAUCUCUGUUUUGGGACAUGGCAUGAAACAGUGAGUCACCACGACCCUGUUCCCUCACCUCGUUCAGGACACACAUUGACAUACAUUGGAGGAAGUAGGAGUGUGUUAUUUGGAGGUAGAGGGAUUGGUUAUGAAGUGCUUAAUGAUGUAUGGUAUUUUGAUUCGUCUGAAGGCCAUCUAAAAUGGGUACCAAUAGUCUUUGAGCUCAGAAGCAUCCCUAAUGGGCUUUCACUUCCUAGGGUUGGACACUCGGCUACAUUGAUUUUAGGAGGGAGGAUUCUUAUCUAUGGAGGCGAAGAUUCUUACAGACACAGGAAGAAUGACUUUUGGUUGUUGGACAUAAGUCAGGGGUGUAUAUGGAAGAACCUAAAAUCCGAAGGGUAUAAACCGAAAAAUAGGUCAUUUCAUCGAGCUUGUGCAGAUGAAUCUGGGCGUUAUUUGUAUGUUUUUGGUGGAAUGGUGGAUGGGAUUCUCCAGCCUGCUGAACCUUCUGGACUUAGAAAAUAUCAAGGGACAUUUCUGCUUCAAAGUUGUAAACAAUUUGUGGUCCUGAAAUCAAGAAGGCCAUUAACAAAACAUGUUCAAGGAAUAUUUUGGGAGAUAACUUUUCGCCAUUGGUGCUUUUGUAUGCUACCUUCCACUCUUUCUCGAACAAGCAAAUGUUUAACAUCAAGAUGAAGCUGAUUAGUGUGAAAACUAAUAUUAUUUGGGAAACUAAUAUGGCAUACGUUGUUAUCAUAAUAUAAUUUGAAUGGCACUGAGAGUUAACCUUGAGGACACCAAUAAGAUUUUUCAAUAACAUAACAAGACACAUGAAAUGGUAAUAAGCCGUGUAUUCCUCCGUCAUUGUUGAAGUAGUAGUGAGUUAUUGUUUACGAUUCCACCAUGAUAUUGACCCUUUUUAUAGCAUGAAUAUGUA